GCGAUCUUUUUUGGCACUUGAUCCUUGUUAGCGCUCCCCAGAUCGUUCCUAAAUACCCCAAACGAACCCCUCGGUGCUACUGCUCGCAUGCGCCGCAAUACCCAUUAACCUUUCUCACGCAUCUCUCAUACUCUUCACCACAAUAUCAAAGUUACUUUUUUAUCGUGACUCGACUUGGAAACUUGUCUGGGCGCUAAUUCAUCAUGCCAUCCUUCUUCAAGCGCUUUAAGGAUAAGGAGAAGGAAGCCCAGGCGGAGAAGGCCGCCGUCGAACGACCUGCGACGCCACCACCAGCCUAUGGCGAUGCCAGCCAAGAUCUGUCUCCGGUCCCUGACCUCGACGACACACCGCCGCCGUUCAGCGUCAGCGGGACAAGAGAUAUCACGGCUGCAUUUGCUUCCCUCAAGCUAUCGACCCAGAACAACCCUGACGUCGACUCGUGCCUGGCCCAUCUGAAGCUGCUACACGCAAUCCAGACCCUCAAGGAGGAAAUUGGCUACACAGAUGGCCUGUGGGACAUAUGGGAUCACCGUGCGGGACCCAAACUGGACGACGCUGCUGGGUCGAGUGCUGUAUCAGAUCAGCUACACAUUCUGUCCAUCAUCCGCGAGAAGCGAUGGGCAUUGUACCUUGCGCGGGCUGUGGACCGUUACGAGGCUUGGUGGACCUCACUCCCAAACGAUUCCCUGACCGAACUGGAUAUGGAAACCAAGGGCAGCCCCAAAUAUGAGAAGUUUCCAGAGGGGUCAGUUGACUUUCCGUGGACGCAAGAUAAUCUUCCCCCGAUUGACGUUCUCAUGAUCUGGCACACCCACAUGCUCAAUCCAAGAGUCUUCCUUGAGGAUGCCAUGAGACGUGGACUCAAGGCAUUCUGGACAACAGGCAUGCCAUGGGCCCAGGUCAACAUCGCCAUCGACAACAGUUUCAACUACACUGCCACGGAUGAAUGCAAGGCCAAGUGGGAGCGUACAACGGGGAGGGCAUGGCUUAACCAAGACGAUCCCAAAUUCAAGUCCCUGGAGUGCCCGGCUUGCCACAGCAUCAUUGAGCUGCCGUGGACGACAUGCGGCCUUCCAGAGCUGUACAAGGGAGUGGCACGACCUGGCCUCCACGGCAACGGUUUUGGAGACGGCGAGUUCUCGCAGUUUUGCACGGAGGAAUGUGGUGUGCCCAUUGACAAGCAGAUUUUGCCGGUGGCCAGAUUCAUUCGCGACGCCAAACUCAGCGUCGAAGACUCAAUACCCAUGCCUGGAUCUGUUCUUGACCCGAAGUAUGGAACGCCCAAUUGUACCCAGGCCCCCGAAGGGGCCUACCCGUUGGCGGAGCUCAGCUUCCCCAAUCGUCUUGCUAAGGCUAUUUAUCCUCAACUCCGAGAAUUGAUCAAGCCAGGGAUGACCAAGUCACAAUUGCCAACCAUGAAAGAUGUGGCCAACAUUGUGGGAAGCACCAUCAAGGAUGAAGAGAAGUUGAAGAGUUUUCAAAACCCAAAUAACGUCAAGAUCGAGGCCAGGCCAGGCAAGAUGAUUCCACGCGAAGCUAUACAGGAUACGGAGCGGUACCAGUGCCGCAAGAUGAUGGGCCAGUACUGGCAGAACCCUUCCAUGUUUGGUCUUGACCUUGCCGCUGGCGCUAUUCGUCAGGGAGUGUUCAUCGACAAGAUGUACAAGGUCCGCAGGCGUUCCUUGCCGACUCUCGAUGUCGACCUUGCGUGGCACACGCAUCAGCUAGCCCCACGGGCCUACUACAAAUACUCGACGUCACGUACAGCGGCAUCGCAAACGCAGCAGGCGAAGUUCAUCGACCAUAAUGACAAGGUGGAAGAGGGCGUGCUCGGCGAUGCGUUCGUGUUUACCUGCAGGAAGUACAUGAACCUGUUCAAUGAGGUUUACUCGGAAUGUACCUGUUGGUUCUGCGAAGCGGUUCGCGAUUUGCAUUCGUCUGCUGGCUUCGCGAAGAGGUCCAAGGCCCAGAAAGGUGAGGACCCGCUAAUCGAGGCCCUUCGCUAUGUUCUCGUCCUGACAGAACCUUCAGCCAUCGAUGAGCUGCACAGAGUUACGCCUCCUCUGACGGAUAAGUCUACCAUGCCGCACAUGUCCACCCAUAACGCGGUCUCGGCAGUUGAACAGGAAGCAGUGCACUGGCGCAACAGGUCUGUCAGGCAACAUUCUCGGCACGUAUGGAACUUCCGCCUCAAUGAAGCCUACACCAGGGCUGCCGCGCGUGCGAAGCGCCGAGGCAUCACACUGCCGCCCAAGGAGGUCUAUUACAACCACUGGGGCAAGGACUACUACAUGCUCGGCCCUCACGUGGCCCCGUCAUACCUCAAGUCAGGAAUUUACUACGCUGAUAACCCAGGGAGGAUGCCCAUGGGUAAGGAAGCGUGGGCUCAGUGUGCGGAGGGGUCGUGCGGAAACAACGACAUAGCGGCUGGAGGCUGCGGUGGACCUGGAGGCUGCACACAAGCACCGGGAUACGUGGAUGGUAACCUAGCUGCUAAAGCCGGCAACGACAAGUGGUUGGGCGGUCAUGCCAUGACUGGUGCAGGAGGAGGUUGUGGUGGCGGUGGAGGAUGUGGAGGAGGAUCUUGAUGCGACACGGCAGUGAGGCCCUUUGGAAGGUGUUAUGAUGUACCUGAUUAUCUGUAGAAAGUAGAGUUUGUAGAAAGAUAUGCAUCUUCGAAAAGAAAGGACUCAUUUGUGCCGUUUGUCGUCGACACGCCUGCCAACUCACAAUGACUGUGGCUGACAUGGUACCCCGGCCAUCUUCAAGAAGCCAACCAAGUCAUCCAUACCCUGUGGCUCAUUGAACCAAUGGCCACCAUCACCAUAUUCAUGCCACUCUACAUCUAGAUACUUUCGGGCUCGAAGUGCAUCCCGAAGCAUAACGCCAUUGCGUAACGGAACGACACCGUCAUCAGCGUUGUGGGCCAGGAACACGGGCGUUUUCCGUGUGCUCCGUAUACCAGUCUCGACUUCGGAGCCUUCCACCUCGGGUUCAGAAGGAAACAAUACCGGUAUCCGCUCGGGAGCGAAAGUGAUGGCGACAGAUUCGAUUUCCGGCAUCCAGCUGCUCAUCCCAACCAGACCGGCCAGCCCUUCACCGCCAAUGAAGAAUGCAGCUACAGCUGUCGCGAAGCCCUGACUGAUGCCACCAAGAAACACAUUUUCACGUCCCACAAUACCCUCCUCUUCAGAAAUAACGUGCAUGAUUAUCUCGGUGCUCAUCCGAAGCCCGGGCUGC